CAUUUUGGCGGGCGGCAAUUCAAAAUUCAAUUUUAUGAAAACAUGUACUUUUACCAAUUAGUUUCCAAUUUAAAACCAAUUUUAAAAAAUUACCAAUUCUUUGCGAGAAGCUUCCCAUUCCCAUGACUCAUGGAUCACAAGAUAUCAGCUCACCGGAGCCCAGUUGUCUCUCCAAAUCAAUUAAACCAGCUGACAAGAGCCUGAAGCAAGCACUCUCUACUAAACAUCUCUAUCAAUUAAAAUCUCUCUCGAAACCAUGCAAAAUCCCAUGAUUUUAUUGAUUUUUUGCCUUUUCUGUGCAGUGAUCUGCUCCCGGGGUACAGAUUCGGAUAUUCCACAUGAAUUCCACAAAAUGCUGAAGCACGCCAAGAGUUUGAAUAGUCUACUGCGGGAUUUACACGUGAUUUACAGUCCCGAAAUGACAAAUCGACACGUUGAAAAGACCGAUAAGCAUGGAGCCGCCCUCUCCCUAAAAAGUGGCUCAAUGUCGGCGCAACGCAUAGUUUCCAUUCAAAAUAUUAGCGAUGACGAAAUGGACGGCUACACACUGUUUCAUUUACAAAGUAUGAAGGAUAUUAAACAGGGAAAUGAUACUUGUAAUCUCCAAUCAGUCUGUGUUCCGAUUCCACAACUGUCCGACGAUCCACAGGUGUUAAUGUACCCAAAAUGCUAUGAGGUGAAACAGUGCGUAGGAAGCUGCUGUAACUCUGUGGAGACCUGUCAUCCCGGAACAAUUAAUUUGGUGAAGAAACACGUCGCCGAGCUACUUUACAUCGGAAACGGGAGAUUCAUGUUCAAUAUGACAAAGGAAAUCACAAUGGAGGAGCAUACCUCGUGUUCGUGCUUUGAUUGCGGUUCUAAUACUCCACAAUGUGCACCGGGCUUCGUGGUUGGUAGAUCAUGCACCUGUGAGUGCGCGAACAAAGAGGAACGCAAUAAUUGUGUAGGCAACGCCACGUGGAACGCGGAGACUUGCAAAUGUGAAUGUGACCUGAAAUGUGAAGAGGGGAAAAUUUUACACAAGGAUCGGUGUGAUUGCGUGAGACGCAGACAACAUCAUGGGGGACCGAGGGGACAUCAUGGGCACCGUCAUCAUCACCGUUCGAGACCUAUUGAUACGGAAGAGGUACAGAAGAUCGGGCAGUUGAAGGUUGGAAGGAUCGGUGGAUGAAAAAAUACACUAAUAUUGAUUUUUUUGAGUUUUAAUAAACAAUUAUUGAGU